AUGGCUGGCGUUCCUGGUACAGCAAGUGCUAUUUUUCGUGCUGUGAAAGAUGUGGGAGCUAAUGUUAUCAUGAUAUCCCAGGCUAGUAGUGAGCAUUCUGUGUGCUUUGCUGUGCCUGAAAAGGAAGUAAAAGCUGUAGCUGAGGCUUUGGAAUCUAGAUUUCGCCAGGCUUUGGAUGCUGGGCGCCUUUCUCAGUUAUAG